UCUGUCAAGAGAAGAGGCGAAAUCAACACGAAUCCACAUCGGAUAGAUUUCACGUUGAAAAUUCAUCCAAAUGUAGUAGUUCUUCGUAGUUUUAGACACAAUUCUGAUGUAUGUACUUACUGUUUUAGGCGUUGUAGGAAUCCUCGGCUCAUUGGGAUGCUCUCRUUUGGGCCAAGCUCUUCGGUUUAUCGAGGAGCCUACCUCUAUAAUAGCUCGGAGAAAUAGUCAAGUGUUCCUUAACUGUAAUGCCACAGCCGGGCCCACAGGUUCAUCUACUACUAAGAUAGUUUGGCGGAAAGAUGGCGUAUUAUUAAGAAGUAACUCAAAUUACGUAGUUAGAUCUUCUGGCCAUCUUACUAUCCGUCAAUUUCGAGGUAAAAAGGGGGGAAAUAGUGACGAAGGAGUGUAUCAGUGUUUUGCUUCCAAUAAAGAAGGGACGAUAGCAAGUAGGAAAGCAUGGAUACGUCUUGCUGUUCUUUCCCGUCAGUUCAAAGAAUGGCCAAAAAGUGCAACUGUGUUACAAGGAGAAACCGUCAGAUUUGCAUGCCAAGCAAAACAUGCCAUACCAGAGCCUACCGUGGUGUGGAAAAAAGACGGACAGAUGGUUAUUCCAGGAGUAAGACAUGUUAUACUUCCUAAUGGAGUACUUCAAAUACUUAAAGUACAGAAAUCAGAUGAAGGAAACUACCAAUGUAUCAUUGAAAACAUUGCCAGAAGAAGAACAAGCUUAUCAGGCCUGUUAACAGUAAAACAAGCUGUUGCACCAGUCAAAAACCCUGUUCAUUUUGCCAUUAUUCCUGGGAAUACCUCAGCAGUAACUGGACACAAAGUUAUCAUGGAAUGUAUUGCUACAGGGAUACCUGUUCCUUUUGUGCAGUGGAAAAAAGUUGGUAGAUACAACAAGCAAAACCUUAAUGCUACCUCUGCUAAUGAAGGCAGUAGUAACUUACAAAUCUCAUCUGUUUCUGUGAGAGAUCAGGGGGAGUAUCUCUGUGUUAUAUCCAGCGAAGGAAAGACAAUCAUGCAGUCAGUGUAUUUAUUUGUUAAAGAACCACCUCAGUUCACAAAAACACCACCAGAAAAUGGCAUUGCAUUCCAAGGUAAAACAGUUCAGUUAAAGUGCUCGGCAAAAGGGUCUCCUUUGCCAAAAAUAACAUGGUUAAAAAAUGGUAAAGUCAUYAAUCUGCUGGACAGUAGAAUAACCAUGAGUAGCACAGGACAAAACAACAGAGACCUGCUGAUAGCAGGUAUUUCAAAGAAAGAUGAGGGUGUGUAUCAGUGUUUUGCUGAGAAUGCCCUAGGAAGCACCCAGUCAAGUACAAGAGUUAUCGUGAAAAGAUCAGUAAUGAAUAUGUCACCUCCUCAUAGUCUAGUAGGCAARGCUUUGUCUGCAUCUGAAAUAAGCGUAACAUGGAAGCCACCAAAUGGACAUCCUAAACUUGCUGCAUAUGGAGUCACUGUUCAACCUAUGGAUAAUAGUUCCAAGAAGAACACUCAGGUCUCCCAAAAUACCUCAUACACCAUAACCAAUCUGCAAGGAAACACCUAUUAUAGCAUAUAUGUAACACCAUUUUUCAGAAAAUAUGGUAUGGGAAUAAAGUCUGCAACUAUUAAAAUCAAGACAUUAGAAGGAAAACCAACAAGUCCACCAGUAAACAUUGACUUCACAAGUAAUACACCUGACAGCAUUGAUGUAUACUGGUUCCCACCUCCAAAACGAUAUCAAAAUGGUUUUAUUAUGAACUAUUUCAUUCGCUACUCACCAAAAGAUGGCAGCUCUCAACCAAGAAUCAUUCAGGUGUCAAGUGCUGUCAAACAGAAGACAGUCAGUGGCCUAACAAGUGGAAAAAGUUAUGGCUUUGAGUUAGCAGCAGAAACAUCAAAGGGCAUUGGACCAUUCAGCAAUAGAAUGUUUUUUCUUGUAUCUACAAAAUAUCUUACUAUGAUCAGCGCACCCAACAUUAACAUCAGCUUUGUAAAUAGCACAGCAUUAGGGUUAACUUGGCAGAAACCUUUAUUUGGACACAACAAAGUCAAGCAGUACAAAUUAUCUUACAUCAAAGACAGUGCUCCAUUUGAAGGUUUUGGUCCCUUUAAUGUCAGCAGAAACCUGAACCAAUAUGUCAUCAGUGGCCUAAGUCCUGAUACAAACUACAUCAUAAAGCUGAUAGCAUGGGAUGGGAAAAACUUGGGACAGCCAUCUGUGGAAAGUCAAAAGACAGCGAUAGGAAAAAUGAAAUCAGGUUCUGGAAAACAAUUAUCACUUAACCCAAAAUGCCAGCCUACCAGUCCAAACACUCUGUGGAUUUCCUGGCAAACAGUUUUCUCCCCUAAAAGAAUAGCAUCAUAUAAACUUUGGUACGAGAUCAGUGGCAACAUCAACCAUGAAACAAUCUUGACCAAGACUGUACGCACUGGUUUGAGUACAUAUCUUCACUCACUGAUUCCUGGCAAAAAGUACCGUGUGACAAUCAAACCCUUGGGGAGCGAUGGCAAGGAAAUAAUGAAAUUUUUUCAAUCAGUAGUGGAAUGUGAAACACCUGAAGCUGCUCCAUCAACACCACCAAGAAAUAUACAGUUCAAGGUUGAGUCAAUGUCAUCAUUACAAUUAAACUGGGAGCCUCCACAGACACCAAAUGGCCAYACAACAAAAUAUGUAAUAGCUUACUCAACAGACAGGAAUCUACCUGAUGAACAGUGGAAACAGGUUGUAAAUACCCUAAGCCUUCGUUUUUUCCAGAAAUUUGAAAAGUUUGUACGCGCUACAUUAACUGGCUUGAAGUACAAUAGUGCAUACUUCAUCAAAAUAAAAGCAGGCAACAAACAAGGUUAUGGGCCUUACAGUAAACCAAUCAAAGUACUAAUGGUCUUGAAGAAAGACAGUCAGUCAACUAUCAAGCUAUCAUUCAGGAUCAUUUCACUCUCAGCUGCUGAAGUCAAGUGGUCAUGUCCUACCAGCACAAAGGGAAAACCAGUCCAGUAUAGAGUGAUUUAUACUAACAAACCAACAUUACCGCAUUCAGAAUGGUACCAUGUACCUGUUGUUGUUAAUUCAGGCYCUCAAAAAGCUGAUAGAAGUGUAUCAGUGCAGAUAGCAAAUUUGUCUGUUAAUCAGACUUAUUAUGUGAAGGUCCAAGCUGAUUAUGGGAAAGUUGUUGGUCCAUGGUCUGAACAACUUGAGAUUAAGAUAAAAGACAACCCUGAUAAAAAGGAAGCAGUUAUUGAGACAAAGAACUCAACAACCAACCCAGGCUCCGAUACACAACCUUCCAAGAAUAAAAGUGAGAAGGAAGAUUUUGAGGUCAAGCUUGGUAUAAUCAUUGGCUGCAUCAUUAGUGCAUUCUGUGUUGUCAUUCUUGUUUUAUUCAUCAUCUGGAGAUGUCCAUGCAGAUUUUCAAAGAACCAGCACUUGGAGCAAAAGAAAAGUGGUGUUCCGAAUGGAAGCCCAAGUAACCUGUCUAAUGGUUUACCUAAUGGGUACUCAGCAAGUCAUCAAUCAGUAGCAUCAAACAGACUUGGAGGACGCAACUAUGAAGAAUCAUCUGGUGGAUCUAGUAUUGGUUCUAGUGUUUGUCAGUGCAGGUGCACAUGUAGUGCUGGACGGUGGCCAUUGCCAAACUUGCAAACAAGACCUCAACAGCACACAGGAAACGGUCAUAUCAUUACUGGGAAUGGACAUCUAGUUACACCCAAUCAAACGCCCCCAAAAAGUAAACCAUAUAGUAUUCCAAAUGGUCAAGAAAAAGCAGUAAUGAAUGGUUAUASCUUACAAGAGCCUCCCAUACCCCUGCAGAUGCUUGCAGUCCAUGAAAAUGGAAAAGUUGUGGUUGGUACAAAGCCAACGACUACGAAAAGCAUUUCUGUAGAUGUGUGAAACCCAUGGUAUCCGUACGUGUCAAUAUUAUUAUUCAUGAAGAAUUUAUACUAUAUAAACACCUUUAUUAGCAUAUUGUUAUAUAUACUGACUUAACUGGAAGGUGAAAUUGAAUAUACACGAUGAUUCCGUAAGAAGUUAUGGGGAAACAUUUCUUUUUCAAUAUGAUAUUUGAAAUCUUAGUAACUACAGCAUUUAAAGAUUUGCUAAUCUUAGAGGUGAUAAUUCAUCAUUUAAAGCACUAGUGCCAGUCUUCUCUUUGUGUUCGUAACUUUCAUUGACGGUUUCCCCAUGAUUCCUUGCGGUCGGUACAUCUGCUGUGUUUUUUACCUCAGCAAAAUUUAUAUUCAUAUGUAUUUCAUCMAGUGAUUACAAAAUGCCCUUUAUCAUAUAAUUAUCUAUGAAAUACCUAUAUUUCUCUAUUUCGUAAAAUUGAUAUUUUCACUAGUGAA